AUGCCCCCUUUGCCUAUAAGGGAGAGAAAGGAAAUCAAAAUCAGAACACCAAACAAUCCGGAAGAUAUACCUCGAAAACAGAAACUCUGUAAAGAAGGGAUCUCAUACGAUCUCGUCCUCAAUCUAGCAAAUAUGGAUCAAAUUGAUAUCAUCACAAUCCAGAAGCCAUAUAUAUACAAAGAUACCUCAAAAAAAAUCACCAAAACUCACCUCUUCUACAAAAUCUUCACUUUAUUAAACGAUUAG